AUGGUCACCGAAGACGAGGCACGUCAGAUCUACAACGACUGUAUCCAUUUUGACUCGCUUCUGGUGGCGAAACCUGGCGAGACAAAUUUUGAAGCACUCCACAAGAGCGGUAUCACCGCCGCAUCGUGGACAAUCUCUAUCUGGGAGAACUUUGAACAAUCGAUCAAAAAAGUGAUCCAGUGGAAGAAAUGGUUCGAGGAGUACAGCAACAUCAUCACGCAGAUUUACACAGUCGAAGAUGUGCGGCGUGCCAAGAAGGAGGGAAAAGCUGGUGUCCUCUUGUCGUGGCAGAAUACGGCUGGUAUUGAGGAUCAGCUUGACUAUCUCCGGGUGUUUCGUGAUCUCGGCGUCAGGAAACUUCAGCUGACGUACAACACGCAAAACUACUCGGGCGCUGGCUACACGGAGCUGAAUGACUCAGGUUUGACCGGUUUCGGUCGUGAGGUUAUUGACGAAAUGGCAAAGCUUGGAAUGAUCGUGGAUCUGAGUCAUGUUGGGGAGAAGACAAGCGAGGACGCCAUCAACUAUUCGUCAAAGCCCGUGUGCUUUUCUCAUGCUUUCCCUAGGGGUCUCUCUGACCACCCACGGAACAAGCCAGAUGCGCUGCUCAAACUAUGUGCUCAGAAAGGCGGCUACAUUGGCGUUAACUGCUUCGGUCCGCAUCUGCCUAAUGGCAACGAUAGCACUAUUGACGAUUAUGUUGCCUGCCUGGACUAUGCCAUAGCCGUAUGUGGUGAAGGCCACGUGGGCAUUGGCGCUGAUAAUGCUGAUGGCUAUGCGCGACCUAGUCCAUUCAUGGACUGGGCGAACCGGGAUAAGGGAUAUGCGAGACGUUCGACACCUUGGGGAACCAGUGCUAAAGUCGUGAAGCCACUCGGGUCGCUGGAAGAACGACCUGAGUUAGCUCCUGCAAUGGCAAGAGCAGGAUGGAGCGAGCAGAAGAUCAGGAAAGUGCUCGGCGAGAAUUGGUUAACGUAUAUGGAAAAGGUUAUUGGAUAG